AUGGAUCAUCCCGAAGGAUCCGAGGUGAACAAGGCGACGGAGGAUGAAGAACCCAGCAGCAGUGUUGGGUUCGGACCAGCAGAGACCCCGACCGAAAAGCCCAUCUAGGGAAAAUACAGUGUGAUGGAUCAUCCCGAAGGAUCCGAGGUGAACAAGGCGACGGAGGAUGAAGAACCCAGCAGCAGUGUUGGGUUCGGACCAGCAGAGACCCCGACCGAAAAGCCCAUCUGUGGGCGAAGAAAAUCUCUUUGGGAUCGCCUUUGCCUGUUCAGGAAACACAGCAGCGGGGACUUACACAGUCGGCUUAAGACGAGAAAGCUGCUUGGAGUUGGAGAGACAGACGACGGAGAGAUUCAUCGCUCCAAGAUAUCCCAGCUUCUCGGACACAACGAGCACCUGUUCUUGAAAUUCCCGCGAGGAUUUUGGCCAGCGACUCAAGCGCAGGUCGCUGCAAUAUUUGUGCAAGGAUUGCUAUUUGUUUUCAUACCGCAAAAAGCAGCCGAAUACGGUUUAUUCCCAGGGGCUGCUGUCGUGGCUGAAGGUUGCACCGGGUGCUCUUCCUCACUGCGCCUCGCUGGCGUUGCCAUGACAUGUCUCGCUUAUGGCCUGCACCAAGGGAUGCGAACCUUCGAGUUCGACAAGGUCCAAGGGAGAUCCUGUCUGGUCGCAAUCAUUUUGUUCAAUUCCCUCACGGCAGCGAGCUCGUUGUGGGCUUCAGCCUCAUCGGGGAUCUUGUUCACCAAAAGGUCCAUCUUCUCUGCUGGAGCCAGGAUCAUUUUGGCACUCACAUCAGGAGCUUACCUACAAGCACUCAAUUCGACGAAUUCCCACAACAGCGCCGCAAUCCGUCGAGGAUCAUCAACCUUUAGUAGGGAACCCACUUCAUCCCCGAUUGUCAAGUGUGCUCCCGAUGUAGAGGAACUGAGGCAAACAGAAGCAAACAAGAAAAGUGCAUGAACAAUAAAUGUGUUCAUCCUGAGUAAAGGUAUCAUCCCCGUCGACUGAAAUAUCUGCGUAAUGGCGAACAAAACUCGGGAAACUAAUUGAACAAUGAUUCCCAAAUUUCAACGCCGUCACAAAGAUAGUCCUCAGCAGGUCUUGUCCUUACGAAUUUCCCGUCGACCAAUGGAAUUCAAUUCCCUGUGAGAAAACAAAUUCAUCUCAGGCAACCGGAAUUGAAAUCCUUCGGUAAACAGUGAAGUAACAAGAAAUAACUCGUGCGGAUAAACGAAAAGAGCAGAAAUUGCGUUGGAGCUGUGAGCUAAAUGACAAACCCGACGCAUUCUACAUACUGGCGUCGGAAUGGGCAUUCAGCAAACAGCAAACAACAAUCACCUUCCCGGGAAUGUAAUUUUUUUUUAACAGACAGAAUAAAAUCUUGAAAGCUGGAAAGCACUUGGUGCUACGAAUCCAAAAAUCGUUCCACCGAAGCUGCCCAGAAUUCACGACUGCUACUAUUCAACCUGAUGAAGUCGAGACGAAAGAUGUAACUGAUGCAUAUUCGGAAUAAUUAACUGGCUUAUAUACCAUCGAUAAGAACCCCCCUUGAACCCCUUCCACAGAAAACUUUCACCCCUCAAGGAAGACCCAAGAUCAACCGCAUUUUUGCGAGACGUACUUACGUAACUGACCUUUUGUCGCGUGGAAAAUUCUCGAACAAAAGGACCUACGAUGGCCAAGGUCUUUUCUUUGCCGAAUACCAGAGAUUUCGAUGCUUUUCACCUUUCUGGGAAGAGAUUUUCAUUUGCGGGAUGUUGGGAUUUCCAGUUUCAAGGCUGUUCUUGUGGUUUCUCCCUUUUGGUGUUGGAGUGAAAGUCGUAAUUUAUUCUGUUCGUAGAAUCGGCAACUAAUAUUUGCCCAAACUGCAUUUUUUUAUUGUUUAUGUUGGUGCCACUAUGUUCGAGAAAUCUUCGGGAAAAAGAAAAUGCUGCAUUGGAGAAAAAGCCACGAGUUGAAAAAUAUGGUUUGAGGAACAAAUGCAUCACGUAAAUAAUGUGUCGUGAAAGAAAACGACUCCGAAGGAAAAAGUUCGAAGACAAGCAGUCAUAUAUUUUUGGAGGGUCUAGUUCCUUCAAAAUGUUUCAAUGUUCGAAUUAUUAUGCUGCUUUUUACUUUUUUACGCAGUUUAUUUCCUCACUUGUGGUUCAUUUCGCUCGGGGAAAUUUUUACGUUGCAUCAUUUUCCGCCUCUUUUUGUGCAUUAACUUUAUACACUAAUUGCAUUAAUUGCUUCAACAUUAUGAUGAAAUUGUCUUCUAUUCUAAGUUCUGAUCACUUACGCAAUUAUAAAAAGAUAUGUAUCCAUUUUUCUCUUUCAAGUUUUCUCCUUAUAGACAUUUCCUUUUCUCUGCGUUUUCUCUUUGAUGCCGAUAACUUCAUGACAAUUAAAUUGAAAUAGGGCAAAGAAAAUUUGUCGGUGUAGUGAAAAUGCAGGGAAUAAUGCAAGAGAGAGAAUAUACCGUGAAAGGAACGCCACCGAAGCCGUAAAUAAGCUUUUUUAAAUGUUAAUUUGUGAACGUAUAGCGAUUUCAUGCCUGGGGAUUCAAGAUAUACGAAUUUAUAAUUGUAUUAAUUGCGAACUGUCUAAAUCAAUUGCGAACUGUC